UCUGUCUUGGGAAAAAAAAAAAAAGAUAAUGGAUGAGAUGUGGCCCAGAGCUGACAAGGGAGGAGUCCAGACUGACUCAGAACUUCCCAGUCAAAAAGAUUGGUUGGGGACGGGUGCAGUGGUUCACGCCUGUAAUCCCAGUACUUUGGAAGGCCAAGGCAGGUGGAUCACAAGGUCAGGAGUUCAAGACCAGCCUGGCCAACAUAGUGAAACCCCGUCUCUACUAAAAAUACAAAAAUUAGCCAGGCAUUGUGGCACACACCUGUAAUGCCAGCUACUCGUGAGGCUGAGGCAGGAGAAUCGCUUGAAUCCAGGAGGUGGAGGUUGUGGUGAGCCGAGAUCAUGCCACUGCAUUCCAGCCUGGGCAACAGAGCAAGACUCCGUCUCAAAAAAAAAAAAAAAAAAAAAAAAAAAAGACUGAUUGGAUGGAUGGAGGUGCCAAUGACCAUGAGGGGGACCCAGGGAGGAGGGUGGGCUACAAGGAAGAAGGGAUGAGCUAUUUCCCACACACGGCCUAUGCAGUCACUACUGAACAUUCUGGGGUGCGGGUGACCAGGGAGUUAUGCAGGCAUUUCGACGUAAUCGCAGCUAAUAUGACGCGGUGCUACUAGCCAGAUGUGUGCUAGCUCAUCUUCCACAAUUUCUCUUCCAGAUACCCCACCUGGUGGCCCGUCCUCACUUGGGAACCAGUCAACAUGCCUUCUGGAAGUCUCUCUUGUCACUCCAAGGAAAGAUCCCCAGGAAACCUACAGGGACUAUGUCCGCAGGAAAUUCCGGCUCAUGGAAGACCGCAAUGCGCGCCUAGGGGAAUGUGUCAACCUCAGCCACCGGUACACCCGGCUCCUGCUGGUGAAGGAGCACUCAAACCCCAUGCAGGCCCAGCAGCAGCUUCUGGACACAGGCCGGGGACACGCGAGGACCGUGGGACACCAGGCUAGCCCCAUCAAGAUAGAGACCCUCUUUGAGCCAGACGAGGAGCGCCCCGAGCCACCGCGCACCGUGGUCAUGCAAGGCGCGGCAGGGAUAGGCAAGUCCAUGCUGGCACACAAGGUGAUGCUGGACUGGGCGGACGGGAAGCUCUUCCAAGGCAGAUUUGAUUAUCUCUUCUACAUCAACUGCAGGGAGAUGAACCAGAGUGCCACGGAAUGCAGCAUGCAAGACCUCAUCUCCGGCUGCUGGCCCGAGCCCAGCGCGCCUCUCCAGGAGCUCAUCCGAGUUCCCGAGCGCCUCCUUUUCAUCAUCGACGGCUUCGAUGAGCUCAAGCCUUCUUUCCACGAUGCUCAGGGACCCUGGUGCCUCUGCUGGGAGGAGAAACGGCCCACGGAGCUGCUUCUUAACAGCUUAAUUCGGAAGAAGCUGCUCCCUGAGCUAUCUUUGCUCAUCACCACACGGCCCACGGCUUUGGAGAAGCUCCACCGUCUGCUGGAGCACCCCAGGCAUGUGGAGAUCCUGGGCUUCUCUGAGGCAGAAAGGAAGGAAUACUUCUACAAGUAUUUCCACAAUGCAGAGCAGGCGGGCCAAGUCUUCAAUUACGUGAGGGACAACGAGCCUCUCUUCACCAUGUGCUUCGUCCCCCUGGUGUGCUGGGUGGUGUGUACCUGCCUCCAGCAGCAGCUGGAGGGUGGGGGGCUGUUGAGACAGACGUCCAGGACCACCACUGCGGUGUACAUGCUCUACCUGCUGAGUCUGAUGCAACCCAAGCCCGGGGCCCCGCGCCUCCAGCCCCCACCCAACCAGAGAGGGUUGUGCUCCUUGGCGGCAGAUGGGAUCUGGAAUCAGAAAAUCCUAUUUGAGGAGCAGGACCUCCGGAAGCACGGCCUAGACGGGGAAGACGUCUCUGCCUUCCUCAACAUGAACAUCUUCCAGAAGGACAUGAACUGUGAGAGGUACUACAGCUUCAUCCACUUGAGUUUCCAGGAAUUCUUUGCAGCUAUGUACUAUAUCCUGGACGAGGGGGAGCGCGGGGCAGGCCCAGACCAGGACGUGACCAGGCUGUUGACCGAGUACGCGUUUUCUGAAAGGAGCUUCCUGGCACUCACCAGCCGCUUCCUGUUUGGACUCCUGAACGAGGAGACCAGGAGCCACCUGGAGAAGAGUCUCUGCUGGAAGGUCUCGCCGCACAUCAAGAUGGACCUGUUGCAGUGGAUCCAAAGCAAAGCUCAGAGCGACGGCUCCACCCUGCAGCAGGGCUCCUUGGAGUUCUUCAGCUGCUUGUACGAGAUCCAGAAGGAGUUUACCCAGCAGGCCCUGAGCCACUUCCAGGUGAUCGUGGUCAGCAACAUUGCCUCCAAGAUGGAGCACAUGGUCUCCUCGUUCUGUCUGAAGCACUGCAGGAGCGCCCAGGUGCUGCACUUGUAUGGCGCCACCUACAGCGCGGACGGGGAAGACCGCGCGAGGUGCUCCGCAGGAACGCACACGCUGUUGGUGCAGCUACCAGAGAGGACUGUUCUGCUGGACGCCUACAGUGAACAUCUGGCAGCGGCCCUGUGCACCAAUCCAAACCUGAUAGAGCUGUCUCUGUACCGAAAUGCCCUGGGCAGCCGGGGGGUGAAGCUGCUCUGUCAAGGACUCAGACACCCCAACUGCAAACUUCAGAACCUGAGGCUGAAGAGGUGCCGCAUCUCCAGCUCAGCCUGCGAGGACCUCUCUGCAGCUCUCAUAGCCAAUAAGAAUUUGACAAGGAUGGAUCUCAGUGGCAACGGCGUUGGAUUCCCAGGCAUGAUGCUGCUUUGUGAGGGCCUGCGGCAUCCCCAGUGCAGGCUGCAGAUGAUUCAGUUGAGGAAGUGUCAGCUGGAGUCCGGGGCUUGUCAGGAGAUGGCUUCUGUGCUCGGCACCAACCCACAUCUGGUUGAGUUGGACCUGACAGGAAAUGCACUGGAGGAUUUGGGCCUGAGGUUACUAUGCCAGGGACUGAGGCACCCAGUCUGCAGACUACGGACUUUGUGGCUGAAGAUCUGCCGCCUCACUGCUGCUGCCUGUGACGAGCUGGCCUCAACUCUCAGUGUGAACCAGAGCCUGAGAGAGCUGGACCUGAGCCUGAAUGAGCUGGGGGACCUCGGGGUGCUGCUGCUGUGUGAGGGCCUCAGGCAUCCCACGUGCAAGCUCCAGACCCUCCGGUUGGGCAUCUGCCGGCUGGGCUCUGCCGCCUGUGAGGGUCUUUCUGUGGUGCUCCAGGCCAACCACAACCUCCGGGAGCUGGACUUGAGUUUCAACGACCUGGGAGACUGGGGCCUGUGGUUGCUGGCUGAGGGGCUGCAACAUCCUGCCUGCAGACUCCAGAAACUGUGGCUGGAUAGCUGUGGCCUCACAGCCAAGGCUUGUAAGAAUCUUUACUUCACCCUGGGGAUCAACCAGACCUUGACCGACCUUUACCUGACGAACAACGCCCUAGGGGACACAGGCGUCCGACUGCUUUGCAAGCGGCUGAGCCAUCCUGGCUGCAAACUCCGAGUCCUCUGGUUAUUUGGGAUGGACCUGAAUAAAAUGACCCACAGUAGGUUGGCAGCGCUUCGAGUAACAAAACCUUAUUUGGACAUUGGCUGCUGAAUGGAAGAUGGGAGGGUGCUCAUCACCCCCACAGCAUAAUGAUCAGCCUCCUUCCUAGAGACAGACUCAUGCAGAUUGAGAUCAAAAGUCCCUCUGCUUGGGAUCAAAUUAAUGUUUGACAGAGCUGGCCAGGCGUGGUGGCUCAUGUAUGUAAUCCCAGCACUUCGAGAGGCCGAGGCAGGUGGAUCACGAGGUCAGGAGUUUGAGAUCAGCCUGGCCAAGAUGGUGAAACCCUGUCUCCACUAAAAAUAAAAAAAAAUUCGCCAC